AUGACAGGAGAAGGACAAGGAGCUGCCUAUACACCGCAGCAGCUGUAUAGGCAAUCGGCAGCAGCUGCUGCCGUGCCUCAACAACUCCCUCUCACACCCCCUCCUCCUGCUGCUGCUCCUGCUACUGCUGCUGCUGCACAUACACCGCAGCCUGCACAUCCACAGAAUGCAUCUGGACCCUUUGUACAACAGCAGCUGCCUGUAGCAAGCGGGAGCAGCUGCAACAGCUACAGCAGCUGCAACAGCAGCAGCGACAGCAGCAGCAACUACAGCAGCAGCAACUACAGCAGCAGCGAUAUGAGGGGCAUGCAAGCAGCAGCAACACAACCAAUUGAUCCAUCUAUAAUACACGCCGCGCACAUUCCUCCGCUGCCGCCCGCGCCGCCCCCUCCCCCGCCGGGUCGCCCGGGUUCUGCUGCUGCAGCAGCAGCAACAGCAGCACCGCCAGCAGCAGCAGCAGCACCGCCAGCAGCAGCAGCAGCAGCAGCAGCAAAUGCAGUCGAGACAGAUAUGGAUCUGAUUAUUUCUCUUAUAAGUGCAAAAGAGACGGAGAAAGCAGCAGACCUACUAUUGGAGAAACUGCAGUCUUCUAAUUUACCUCCUCGGGUGUAUCUUCAGCUGCGUACAUUGCGCUUCUUCUGUCUCUUACGCCUAUCGAGAGGUAUAGGGGAUGCGACACAUACAGUUAGGCAGGUAGAUAGGGUUUUGCGUUUGCCGUUUGAGGGUUUAGGAGGGAGCAUGGUGCCCUUUAGCCUCCACGUCCUUCUUGCUGUUGCCCCACACCUGUGGGGUAAUUCAUUAGAUUCUCUCUCCGCCUUAUCUUUGCUGCUGCAGCGCUGCAAGCAGCAGAUGCAGUCAGCAGCAGCAGCAGCAGCAGCAACAGCAGCAACAGCAGCAGCAGCAGCAGCAGCAGCAGAUGAGCAGAAUUGCCAGAGGCUAUGGAAGGCUCGUCUUAUUAAAACCGCCUUCUUAUUAGCUGUUGUGCUUACUGCAGCAAACUACCCAGAGAUGGGUUGUACGGACUGCGCUGAGCAAUAUUUUACUUAUGCGGAUUGUUCGGGGGUUUCAGACAGUUGCAUUCGCAAUACGAAUCACGGUUUGCUGCUGAUGUUUACGCGACGCAUUGGUGCAGCAGCAGAUGCAUUUGAAGCAGCAGUGCAUGCAUCGGGGGCCCCCCUAGGUGUUGCAGUAUCAGGUGAUGGGGGGGGCCCCCUUAAGACAGAAGAAGACCCAUGGGGUACUGCAUGCGAAAUGUGCUGCCCUCCAGCGCAUGCAGUUUGCUGCAACAAUGGGGCUGUCGCUAAAUUCUAUGGAAAAAGAUUAGAAGACGCAACAGCAGACUUAGAGGGAUUUAUUCAAGGAAACCCUGUAUGCUGGAGCGUUUGCUGCAUGCGUGAGGAAUUUGACGACUUUGUAUGA